CCAAAUGUAUUCUAGUAAGCGGCCAGUGCCGGUGCGGAUUGGUGCGGAUACGUACGCGGUAGGAGUGCUCAGGAGUUUCAUAUUUCUCACCUAACAAGAAGAAAGUGUCGAAUGUCCUUUGAAAGCAUCUGUACAAAUAUAUUAAUUAUUAAAGUGCAUUGUGACGGUAGAUAAUUAAGAGCAGUUUACAAAACACAAAAAUCACAAUCAGAAUGUAACCGAAGAAUUUCUUUUGUGAGUGGAUACACAACAGGUAUAACAAAAGUCGGUGAUCCAUAUUGUACGCAAUAGAGUUGCAGAAAAGUUUUUGACAAUUCUUUUAAAACGCUUUGACAAUCUCAAAAUUUUUCAUUCAAUUUUUUAACUUCGUCGUGCAGUGUAGAACACUAAAAUGAUUUAUUUUGAAGUGUAUUCCCGUACAAAUGCUAACCGUUAAUCAAUUGAAUAUAAUCUUUAAAAUUAAUAAUAAUCUUUACCAGUGUAAUCGUGAUUCUCUGUGUAAUCAUGAGUAUCGUCCUUGCGCUUAGUUGAGGACCAGCGUGUAAAUUGGGUUCAGAGAAAUUCGGAUGCAGUUGCGUACUGUUAGUGGCAUUAAAAGCGUCGCGGCGCCGGGCUUUCUGAUCUCGAAAUACACGGGCGCGAGAGCGUCCCGGCUAGAGUUUCUGAAAGAGGACGAAGACGCAGAAAAAGAGGUAGCCAGAAGAUUCACAAGAAGAGGAUGCGAGUCGUUCCCAUCGACAAAGGGGACGACCAAGAGGAUGCAGAGGUGAACCAGUGUCGCGACGAUAUCGCUCUUGGAAUAACCAGAGUAUAAAAGGACUCACUCUUGUUAAUUACAUCAAACCAUUAAAAUGAACUGGAAUUUCAUGGAAUCUUCUAAAAAUCUUCGUACAAGUUAUUAAUACGCAGACGCGAGAUGCGCAGCGAGGUAGGCGAAUGGCUGGCCACGUGCGUUGGCUCGCCCAUCUGUAUAUUGCUGUUAUCCUGGUCUCUACUGAUCUAUCAGAACCAGCCGUCCACGUCGAAGAGACGUAUAGACGUCCUGGUCGUCGCAGUCCUUUCCGAGAGUCUAGCCCAUCAGCUGGGACUGCUGCUCUACGCAAUACUGACUCUGAUCAAGCCAGUCAAUCAUUUUGGAGAACUUUGUUCCACCCUGGUGUGGAUAUUGAACACCUCCAGCGUACUGCAGGAAUUGACGCUGACGACAAUCGCCAUAUUCUCAGUGAUUGAGAAAAAUAAUAUUAAUUUUACCAAAAAUCAUCUAAAGUAUCAUCUGGUCAGUCUAAGCGUGAUAAGUGCCUGCAUAGGCGUCACUGGCGUCCUCAAUUUUGAGCCAGACAUUUGCGUCUUCCUGGCGCAUGAGAUCUCGGUGAAGUAUGGAAUAUUUCUCAACUCCUUGAGAGCUCUUUUGAUCCUGACAUCCGUCCUGGGACUGUUGGUGAGCAUCCUGAGGAAUGUCUUUCAUAAGCCAAAGGGAGAGCUACUGAAGUCUGUCUCGGACCUGUCGGAAACGAGCUCCAAGAACUCUUCGGGCGCUUUCGAAUGUCAUCCUCAUAACUGGGAUCCAUCCAAUAUCUCAUGCACAAGCGGUUCCACGAAUAGCAGAGCAUGUCUAAGGAAGCAAAAGAUCCAUGUGGAUGAGUGCACGGGUUCCUCCACGGUCUACAGCAUCCUUUUUGUCUGUUACGUCUUCAACCAUCUGCCAGUUUUGGUUGUGUCCGUAAAACCAGAUCUACUGAGGGGCUUCUGCAGCACGCAGAACCUCGCCACAUGGCUACCUCUUCUUCAGGAUGCCUUACUUCCGGUGUUCCUUGCCAUUUUUGAUAGAAUGUUCUGCCGCUACGUUGCCAGGGUCUACACGAAGCAGGAUCACGCCAGGAAACUGUCCCACGCUGGUGUCGAUGGGAAAUUUAGGCACUUCGAGCAGGAUGCUGAGUAUAAGCUACAGCUCAAUCUUAAUCACGGUCUGAAAUUCCCUCUGACUAACGGAAGUCUCUACGGGAGAUUGCACAAUCAUCAGAAUCGAGGAAGGACAGGUACUAUUACUAUGGGGGUACAGCACUAUCCCAGAUCCCAAUCCGUAAAUGAGGAGAGUGCUUAUGCAUCACUUCCGGCGGAGCUGACAUCCUUUACGAGUUCAACCUUCGAGCCGCGCCAGGAGCCCACGAAGAUGACGAGUGAACAGCAGCAGCAAAUUCCGCGAAUACGGAUUAAUGAUAAUUUUGAAUUUGGUACCAAGAGGAAAAUUGGUAGUACUGAUGUCUUUGGACAGAAUAUGGAGAACCUUGUUCAAUUAGAGGAACCGGACAGACGUAACUUCGCCAGAAGCCUAGAAGAGAUACGUGAGGAAUCCAUUGGGAACCGGAUGCGAAAUGUCCUCUUGGAUUUGGAACAUCUCAAUGAUCUGGAGAAUAGCGAUAUAAAGGAACGUUUUGAAUCCUGCCGUGGUCAUAAUGAAGAUUUCAUGAGAGGAUCAACCAGUGAGAAACGUAUUUUACAUAGAAAUCAGAGUUUGGAUCAUGGCAGGUAUCCUAAAGAUUCCAGAACAUUUGUUAAGAGGGAUCUUACCAGAAACAGGGAUCAGAUUCAGGAACAGGAAUGUGGAUAUGAGACCUCAGAUGAUGAGAGCUGUUGCACUGAUAAUCCUGACUAUGACGACACUAUCAGCUCUUGCAGGAGCAGAAGUCGCAGUUGUUGUUCAGUAACGACAGUAGCCAAUGAUGAUUUUGAAUAUUAUCAGCGUAAGGAGACUAAGAUAGAGUUACUUCCAGCUAAGAGGACAAGUGACAUCACCACAAACAUGAGAUCCUUUACUCCAAAGAUCAUUGAUAGUGGAUCCAUCAUUGACAAGAGGAAGAUCAAGAUCGACACAAGACCAAUUGUUCACUCGUAUCGUUUAAAGAAGAAAAUGACACCUGGUUAUUCAAUGAAUGACCUGGACAAGUUUAUUCCUGAAUCCAGAUUGCCAAAUAUCUCUAUGGAGAGCCUCAGGAAUAUUCUGAUCAAUUCUGGAAUCAGUUAUCUGGAUAAUGGAGAACUCUGCAGGCAUGACAUUGGCGGUUCUGCACCUGACUUUACAAAAAUCUUUGUUACAGAAUUUAUAUGAGAAAAGUUUUGAAAAUCACGGAUAACGCCUAAAUUUUCCUUAAAAAAAAAACCCUUACAAAACAGAUAAUGGCGUUUUAAUCAAUACUGUUAAGUGGUGUGUUUUAAAUUAUGCGUAUGUAUAUACCUUGUACAUUUGUAACCUAUUAUUUAAAUGCAAUAUUCAUUAUAUAGUUUAUUAUAA